GGCAGCCACCCGCCAAGACACCCAGUUCGUGGGGGGGCGUGGCCACCCGAGGGACUGGCCGUGGGCUCGGGCAGCCCUGACGUCACGACCGCCCCCCACCCGAGGUAUUUAUCUUCGAAAAGUAGUGGCGGCUGCAGUCUGGGACCAGGCCCUGUGCCCCUGAAGACAUGGAGUUUGUGUCUGGAUACCGCGAUGAGUUCCUUGAUUUCGCUGCUCUCCUCUUUGGCUGGUUCCGCAAGUUUGUGGCAGAACGGGGGGCUGUAGGGGCCAGCCUUGAGGGCCGCUGGCGACAGCUGGAGGCUCAAAUCAGAAGGCUGCCCCAGGACCCCGCCCUUUGGGUGCUCCAUGUCUUGCCCAACCGUAGUGUGGGCAUCAGCCUGGGGCAAGGGGCAGAGCCAGGCCCUGGACCAGGCCUGGGGGCUGCCCGGCUCCUGGGAGAUGAGCUUCCACUCCACCUUCAAGACCUGAGCCCCUAUGUCAGCUUUGUCAGCCUAGAGGAUGGGGAGGAAGGGGAAGAGGAGGGGGAAGAAGAUGAAGAGAAUGGAGAGGAGGAGGAGGGUGCAGGCACAGAGAAGGUGGAACCACAGGAGGAUGGGGAACCGGCCACUACCAGUAGGGAAUCCCCUCAGGAAGCCAAGCCUCCAGGGGAGCCAGAGGAGGCUGAACAGGAGGCAUGUGGUGAGGAUGGCUGCCGAGAUUAUAAAGUGGAGGAUGAAAUGGGACCUGAGAAGAGAAAGGAACGCAGGAGUGAGACUGCCCCUCUGCACCUUUCCUGCCUCUUACUGGUGACGGAUGAGCAUGGCACCAUCUUGGGCAUUGAUCUGCUAGUGGAUGGAGUCCAAGGGAAUGCAGGCAGGGGUUCAGGAACUGAGAACCUAGCUCCUCGGGCCUAUGUUCUUCUCUGCCACAGCAUGGCCUGCCCCAUGGGCUCUGGGGACCCCCGAAAGCCCCGACAGCUUACAGUGGGAGAUGCUCAGCUGCAUAGAGAACUGGAGAACCUGGUCCCAAGGCUGGGUGUGAAGUUAGCAAAGACCCCAAUGCGGACAUGGGGUCCUCGGCCAGGCUUCACCUUUGCCUCCCUUCGGGCUCGAACCUGCCAUGUUUGUCACAGGCACAGCUUUGAAGUGAAGUUGUCACCCUGUCCCCAGUGCAGUGCCGUAUUGUACUGUGGAGAGAUUUGUCUCCGGGCUGAUUGGCGGCGAUGUCCAGAUGAUGUGAGCCACCGAUUUUGGUGCCCAAGGCUUGCAGCUUUCAUGGAGCGGGCAGGGGAACUGGCAACUCUGCCUUUCACCUACACUGCAGAGGUGACCAGCGAAACCUUUAACAAGGAAGCCUUCCUGGCCUCCCGGGGACUCACUCGCGGCUACUGGACUCACCUCAGCAUGCUGAUUCCAGGACCUGGCACCCCGAGGCACCCCCGGGGCAGCACACCAUCCCUUGGCCUUCUUCUCAGUGGAGAUCCCUACCAGCUUCUCCAGGGGGAUGGUCCUGCCCUGAUGCCUCCAGUGCCCUCAGAUCCACCCAAGGCCCUCUUUGGCUCGUGGCAGGAUUACUACACAUGGCGGGGCCUCAGCCUCGACUCCCCCAUGGCUGUGCUUCUCACCUACCCGCUGACCGUGUACUAUGUCAUCACCCACCUAGUGCCCCAGUCCUUCCCUGAGCUCAAUAUACAGAAUAAGCAGUCGCUGAAGAUCCAUGUGGUAGAGGCAGGGAAAGAGUUUGACCUUGUAAUGGUGUUUUGGGAGCUUUUGGUCUUACUUCCCCAUGUGGCCCUGGAGCUGCAGUUUGUGGGUGAUGCCUUGCCACCUGAGAAUGACCAGCAACAUUUUACCCUGCAAAGGGAUGGCCCUGAGGUAUCUGUCCGUCCUAAUUCUGGAGUAUCAGCACGGCUCAACUCUGGGACUAAAGAGAAAGGGGGUCGCAGGGACCUGCAGAUCAAGGUGUCAGCCAGACCCUAUCAUCUACUCCAGGGGCCCAAGCCUGACCUUGUUAUUGGAUUUAAUUCCGGCUUUGGUCUCAAGGACACGUGGCUGAGCUCUCUGCCCAGGUUACAGUCUCUCCGAGUGCCUGCUUUCUUCACUGAGAGCAGCGAGUAUGGCUGUGUGAUGGACGACCAGACCAUGGCAGUGGCCACGGGAGGGGGCACCAGUCCUCCACAGCCCAACCCCUUCCGCUCCCCCUUUCGCCUCAGAGCCGCCGACAACUGCAUGCCUUGGUACUGCAACGCCUUCAUCUUCCACCUGAUCUACAAGCCACCCCAAGGCGGCGGGGCCUGCUCGGCGCCCUACCCCGCGCCCCCAGCCCCAACUCCGGUAGCUCCUCCUGCCCCCGCCCGUAGGCGUCGAAGAGAAAAGAAGGCUGGACGCGGAGUCCGCCGGCGGAGAUGAGUGCAAAGAUGGUAGCAGUCAACUCCCCC